ACGUUUCGAAGGACGAUAUCAAUGCUCAAAACACAUUACGUUCAACAGUUCUUAAGGAAUUUGCAAUGGGGUCAGUUAUUACAGUUCCGAUCACAUUAGCUUUGGGAUUAAUUUCAGUGAAGCCAUCAGAUUUUGUGUAUUGGUGCAAAUGGGUGUUUUCCUACAUUUAUAUUGAAAUCAACAAAAGGAUCACUCAGAGCAGAUUCGAUCUUUACGAUCCAAAGGCUCACCAAAAUGCUGAGAAACUCGGUCUCAUCGUGCCUACAGAAGAAUUCCAUUUAGAGUCUCCUUGCUCUGAAUCCCAUCUGCAAAACGCAGAAGAUGGAAUUUUUUGUUAUGGUGUGAAUACCAAUUCAGAGUGCCUCAUCAUCAGUAUCUUCAGAAGGAGAGAUGAAAAAGCUGAUGCUUGUAUUUACCUAAAAUUAGCUUCUGGGAAAACCUACCGUUUGCAAAAGACGGAUCAUUUCCAACAGUCUUGUACUGAUAAAAUUGUCUUCUCCUGCGGAGACCUGCAGAUGCAUUACACUUGUCCCAUGAGGAGGUGGAGAAUAUUUUACAGUGGCUUCUUAAGGGAGACAAAUAACGAUAAUGAUUCUGAAACAGAACGUAUGGUGUACAUAAAGUUUGCUUUCAGAUGGUUGGCUUCUUCAGACGUGUUUGAUUGCACAUCAGAUUUAAGUUCUCUAACGCUGGCCAAAACUCUGGCAAAUGUAGAAUGGAGAUCAUUACACCCUCCUCUUGAUAAAUUCAAAUGUGCACUGAAUUUUUAUGUGCAAGCUGGAAUCAUACAUGGAACUGUUACAGUUGAUGAUAAACAAGAUGAAUACGAAUUGUAUUUAUUUGGACAGAGAGUAAGGUGCUUAGGUGAUAUUACAAGUUUUAAAGAUAUACAAAUUGAUCACAUGCUAGGACAUGUUCACCAAAACGGAGCAUAUAUUUAUCUGGCGAAGGCUUCAGUCGCUGAUGUUGCAAAUAAUUUCUGUUUUGGUUGUAUUGUGCAACCGGACUGUCAUCUCAGAUCAACGAGACAAGCUACUAUAACGAUUAUAGAUUCAAAGGACGUUCGUUCGAUAAAAGCAUCAUUUCAGACUGAUCAUUUUUACAAACUUCGUGGAUCAUUCUUCAGCCCACUGCUGCAUUUCGUUACCAAAAGAAGAGAAGAAGCCACUUCUUUCAGCAAAUUUGACUUUUAUAUGAAUGGUAAAAAAGGAACUGGAAUUUAUAUAGCAAGGCGCAUUGCACAGAUAUCGCGACAGAAGCAUUCGGACAUCUCAGAACCAAAAGCUGUUGUUUCAGCGGCACCAUUGGUCGUCUCUUUCUCUAGUGAGAUAUGUCAAGCACCCGAAGUAACAGGCGGAAAAGGUUCCUCACUGGGAAAAUUAACAGAAUUAAGCAGGGAUCUUCCCACGUUUAUAGUUCCUAGUGGUGUCGUAGUGACUACAUCAGCUUACAAAAGUUUCAUUACAAUGGAAAUUCUUAAAAAAAUUGAAAUGUUGGAAGAUGUUCUUUAUGGGAGAACUGAAGGAAAUGUUAAAGAAGUCUGUGAAAGCUUAUAUGCAGAUAUUACGAGAACUGAGUUUUCUAGAGAAACUAGGGAGGCCAUUGAAAUCUGUUUGAAGAGAACCUUUGGAGAAAAAUUUCAAUCGAAAAAAUUUGCCAUUCGAUCUUCAGCUACUGGUGAAGACACCGAACAAAUGUCUGCUGCUGGUCAGAUGGACACUUUCUUAGGCAUCUCAGGAAUAAAGGAAAUUCUACAGGCAAUCAAAAAGUGUUGGGCCUCACAGUUUGGAUAUAUUGCUAUUCAGUAUAAAAGGCGUUAUGGUCAGUACCUGAAUUCUCCCAUGGCUGUGGUCAUUCAGGAGAUGGUGGCCUGUGAUGUUGCCGGGGUUCUUUUCACUUGUGAUCCUUUGACAGGGAAUCCAACAGUUAUGACCAUAACCGCCAACUAUGGUUUAGGAGAGUCCGUGGUAUCAGGCUCUGAAGAACCCGACACAAUCGAACUUCAAAGAGAUCACGAUGACCGUCUGUCUGUAAAAAGCACAAGCAUCGGAGCAAAAAGUAGGAAAAUUAUUGUGAAGGAUGGAGUAGGCACGGCUUUAGAAGAAGUCUGCGAAGAUGAGAAAACUAAUUGUUGCUUGACGGAUAAAAUGAUAAUGCGACUGGGACAAUUUGGAAUUGAAGUUGAAAUGUAUUACCUAUCUCACAGAGAUAUUGAAUGGGGUUUCUGGAACAACAAUCUGUACGUGUUUCAGUCUCGCCCAGUAACUAGCGGCACAAAUGAAACAGUGUUUGAAAUAGAUCACGAAUUUGAUUGCCCUCUUCGAACGGAGAAUGAUUUUUUUUCAGUGGCUAACGUUGGGGAAGUUAUGCCUGGAGCUAUGUCACCUUUAGGAAUAGAUUACUUGUUUAAGUCUAUCAGCAUAGUAUUUAAUACAGAAGAAGUAGUGUGGGCUACUGCUUGCCGUAGCCAUUAUUAUCGAAAUGGUUGGAUGACCUUUUACAAUCACACCAUUUUCAAUAUUUCAGAUAUAUUCCCCAAUUUGAAAUCAGAAGAGCUUGAUUAUUUCUCUCAAGGAAGUCUAAUAGCAUUCUUUGGCAGAGUAAUAAAGGAAGAAGAACUCACUCGAGUAACUACAGAAAGAUAUAGAGACAUAAAAAAACCUUCUAUGCUUGGAUUGGUAAAAGAUUUACUGACGGUGGGCAAGCGAAUUCGGAAAGAUCAAAAGAAUUAUAUGAAUUAUCACAUUCCAGUUGAGAAAUUCAAAACUUCCAAAGAACUUUUCGAUCAUCUUUUGAAAAGCAGUACAGAAAUCUGUAGCGUUUCCAUCAGCCUUAUGAAGAGUACCGAGUCAUCAACACUAUGGAAUAUGUUUAUUUUGGCUAUCCUUGCGAAAGCCAGCGGAGGAUUUAAUGAUGAAGUUUAUCGAGAGUUUGCUUCUCUCAUAACUACCAAAAGUGAUGUGGAAAGUGCUGAUGUGCCUUCCGCUAUACAGAGUAUUGCCUUUGAUAUUUCUAAAGUAGUAGAUGUGAAUGAGUUCCAACAAAUGAGCGUUGAGGAAGCUUUGAAUUGGCUACAAACAACAACAUGCAUGGCAGGAAGAAAAUUCCGAGAAUUUUUGGAGAGACAUGGCCAUAGAUGUUUGGGUGAAUAUGACAUUUACGCAAUCUCGUGGGGUUCUGAUCCGAAGUCGUUGGUGAAGCUGCUACAGAAUCUAGCUGCUAAUGUAUCUCAAGAUUUCUCAAGGAAGCACUCGGACAACUUAAGUGAAAUACUGUCUCGGCUUUCUAUUCCAGUGGGAUUCUUUUCCAGAUUCAUGUUGAAACUAUUAUUGCCCAUGAGCCGCCGCGGUGUGCAGAACCGAGAAAUGACUAAAUCUAUGUAUAUAAAAACAACUGAUGAGUGGCGGAAAGCAUUCCGGUAUCUCGCUAAACUCCUUGUGCUUGAAGGACGCAUCCCUGAAGAGGAUAUUCUGUUUUUCAUGACAAUGGACGAAAUCAAAGAGUUACUAGGCACACGGUCACCGAAAAUACUAGCCAGAGCAGCUCAGAGACAAAGGAGGUAUCCAGUUCUGAACAAAUAUAUUUUUCCAGAAAUUAUGAAGGGCGUACCGAGACCUAUUAAUUUGGUAGAUACUCCUAUAACUCCAACGGAUGAAAAUUUUAUGAUGAAAGGCGUUCCAGUCAGCCAAGGAGUAGCUGAAGGUUUUGUACGCGUGGCAAUCACUCUAGAAGAAGCAAGUCUUUUAAAGCCCGGAGAGAUUCUGGUGACCUACAGCACAGAUAUUGGCUGGACACCUUGUUUUCCGAUAUUAGCUGGAGUCGUUACGGAAUUGGGAGGACUCAUUUCUCAUGGAGCUGUUGUCAGUCGAGAGUAUGGCAUACCUUGCAUUGCAGGAAUGCAUGGAGCAACUAGAAAAUUUCAGACAGGUGAUUACGCAAAGCUCGAUGGCAAUACAGGUGUACUUCAAAAGCUUCCUCCUCCUGAAGAUGAAUAAAUUUAGAAAGAAUGUCUAAUGUAUGAGAUCCUGAAAAUCAUCAAAUAUGUUUCUAAAUAAAAAAAUAAAUAAAUAAAUAAAUAAAAAAGA